UGAUACACGUGUCCAAUGAUAUCUUUUGUUUAUUUAUUCACUGCUUCGAUUGCUAUGUUUCGUUCUGAAGAGCAGAUGUAAAAGUCGAACGUCAAAGAAUGAAAACGAUUCGCGGCAGAUCUGGAAAAGAAAUCGUCUGUUUAAGAGCAUGAUUGUUCCGACGGAUAAUUAUAGAAUUGGUGCGAAAAAUGAAUAUAAAUUCGUCCAGGAAAAUGGGCAAAGAAAAUACGGACCCCCUAUACGUUGGAGUGGAUCCCCACCUCCGAAGGGGUGCGAGAUUUUCAUCGGAAAGUUGCCAAGAGAUGUUUAUGAAGACGAACUGAUGCCACUUUUCGAACAGAUUGGUCCCAUUUAUGAGUUUAGAUUGAUGAUUGAUUUUAGUGGCACUACUAGGGGUUUUGCUUUUGCUAUGUACACUAAUAAAGAGGACGCUAGAAAGGCAAUUUCUCAAUUGAAUGGGUACGAAAUUCGUCCGAACAAAAAAAUAGGUGUUCUGCUGUCGGUGGACAAUUGCAAAUUAUUUGUUGGCGGCAUUCCCACCAGUAAAACUGGAGAUGAUGUCUUUCGAGAAAUAAGUUUUCUCACAGAAGGUGUGAUGAAAGUUUGUGUUUUGCCUUGCCCGUAUGAUCAUUCGAAAAACCGCGGUUUUGCGUUUGUUGAGUACGAGUCGCAUCGGUAUGCGUCAAUUGCCAGAAGAGUUCUGUGUUCGGGUAAGCUUUUUAAUAAGGCCAUAACAGUGGAUUGGGCAGAUCCUGAACCUGAAAUAGAUGAAGAGAGUUUAAAAGAGACCUGUACAUUGUAUGCGCGCAAUAUUCCACUAGAAAUAGGUGAAAGCUGUUUAAAGUCUAUUUUUUCUGCAAAUGGCCUUGGACCUGUUCGUAAAGUUAGGAAGGUGAAAGAUUUUGCAUUUGUCCAUUAUUUUGUGAGAGAAGAUGCAGAAAAAGCUUUGAAUCAAUUGAAUGGAACUAAUUUAAUUGGACAUGUCAUUGAAGUAACCUGGGCGAAACCUAAGACAAAACAUGCUGAAGGCUCUGUUAUUGUUCAAAAGAAAUCCAGAAUUAAGAAAGAGAUUGAAGAAUGGAACACUAGCCAAGAAUGUCCAAAGCAUGUUAUGCCCCAGUCAUUUAUUUCUACAAUAAAUGCAGUUCAAAAUACACCUGUUCAGGUGUUGGAAUAUGUUUGUAUACAAAGUGGAUAUGGGGAACCUUAUUACCUAAUAUACCAAUCAGCAAGCAGUGAAAUAUUGACAUUUACAUCAAAGGUUUUUAUUCCUUAUUUACCAUUAUGGAAAAAUGGUUUUCUAUCUGAUGGUGGUUUCCCAUCUCCAUUUGAAGCUAAAUGUUUUGCUGCACUGAAAGCACUAAAAAAUAUUGGAUUCUCUGAUAAUGAUUACCAUAUUUCUGAAGAUUCAAUCAUUCCAGCUAUAAAGCAUACGUCCUGUUCAAGCAUUGCCUCGAUCCCGUAUUCUUGUUCCCCAAUUGGUUUGAAUGUUGAACAGGAAUCUGUAUAUUGUCAAGAACUUGUGAAAGCUUCAAGCACAUAUUCUGAUCGGUGGAAUUUUACAAAAGAUGAUGAAAUUAUUAGCAGUAAAAAGUCUGAUUCUGUAAGCAUUUAUGAUCUUCUGGCAACUGCAGCACUUUUGGCUAAUCAUGAAUUGCAGGCUUGUUCUAGCAAGCAGAAGUAAAGAUAAAGUCUUUGUUAAGUGAAACAGGUCAAGAAUUAUUUUCAAACUUGAUUAAUGCAUCAGCAUUCAAUAAAAUUACAUGAACUUUUGAAUUAUUUUUUGUUGUAAUUGUUAUGUUUUAGAAAUCAGUGUAUAUUUUAUAUAAUCACUGUUUUGUUUAGUUAGUUUUAUCAAAUUAUCUUUUCUAAAAAAUAGUGCCAUUUUAUGU